AGAAAUAAGAAUAUAUUUUUAUUAAAAAAGAAAUAAGAAUAUAUCCCCGCACUCCCUUCUUCCCCAAAUUCCUCUCCGCCCAUCCCCUGCCGGCCGGCGCUCCCCCCGAACCCUAAACCUGUAAACCGUCUCCUCCGAAGCCAAUUCGCUCCCUCGUUUUCUCGAUAUUAGCCUUUUUCUCUCGUCGAUCUCGUCUCCGCAAUGCCGGGGCUGGAGGUCUGGUUCCGCGACGUCCUCCCCUCCCGGAUUCCCUUCCCCGCCGAGGACCCCGCGCUCAUCGUGGCGGGAGGGCUCUUCCUCGAUUCCUCCGUCCCCAACUCCCUCGUCUCCUCGAUCUCGGUCGCGAAUCCGGCGGCCUCGGCUGUUAGAUUGGUUGCUUCUCGCCCGAAGCAUUUCGUUCUGGGGCUAUUCCGGUGGGGGAGGGCCGAUGGUGUUGGGUUCUUGUCGGUGAAGAAGAACAAGUUUAGAGCUCAGGGCGCAGGAGCUGGUGCCAUGAACACCAUCAAGCAUCUGUGGGCGGGGGCUGGGGCUGCAAUGGUUUCGAGAACCUUUGUUGCUCCUCUUGAGAGACUAAAGUUGGAGUAUAUAGUUCGUGGCGAACAGAUGAAUUUAUUUGCGCUUAUCCAUAAAAUUGGAACCACACAAGGUUUGAAAGGCUUCUGGAAGGGCAAUUUUGUCAACAUUCUUCGUACUGCUCCAUUUAAGGCAGUAAAUUUCUAUGCAUAUGAUACAUAUGGGAAACAACUUCUCAAAAUGUCUGGAAAUGAAGAAACAACAAAUUUUGAAAGGUUCCUUGCAGGUGCUGCAGCUGGCAUCACUGCUACAAUACUAUGUCUGCCAAUGGACACGAUCCGUACAAAGAUGUUAGCACCUGGAGGGGAAGCUUUAGGUGGUGUUAUUUGUGUUUUCCGUCACAUGGUGCAAACUGAAGGGUUCUUUUCUCUUUACAAGGGAUUAGUACCUGCUCUUAUUAGCAUGGCCCCUUCUGGUGCAGUUUUCUAUGGUGUUUAUGAUAUAUUGAAGUCAGCUUAUCUUCAUUCACCUGAAGGAAAGAGGAGGAUAUCUCUAAUGAAGCAACAGCAAGGUAAAGAUGUGAAUGCCUUGGAUCAACUAGAGGUGGGUCCUAUGAGGACCUUACUGUAUGGGGCCAUUGCCGGUGCUUGUGCUCAGGCUGCCACUUAUCCUUUUGAAGUGGUCAGGCGACAACUACAAAUGCAGGUUCAAGCAACAAAACUCAAUGCUUUUGCUACGUCUGUGAAAAUAGUCGAGCAAGGGGGAAUCCCUGCUCUCUAUGCUGGCCUGAUUCCCAGCUUGUUACAGGUUUUGCCCUCUGCAGCCAUUAGUUACUUUGUAUACGCGUUCAUGAAGAUAGUUCUGGAAGUAGAAUGAACACGGGGCUAAUUGCCCUCCACAGAAAAAGGUGUUCUGGAGGUGCUCUAGCUGCAGUGACAAUGGAGGUCAGCAAGAGCAGUCAGCUAACUGACAGGAUAAUUCAUGUAAAAAGCAAGUCUGCAAACUGCACUCAUUUCUGGGCCUAGUUUAACCAGUGGGGGCAUUGCUCUACUACCAAUCAACCCAAGAUACCUGAAGCAGCAGCCUCGGCUUCCACUCAGCAAGUCAUACAACUACAAUAAGAUAACACAAGGGAGUUGGAACACCAAUCUUGACGGCCACCACCUGCAAGUUUAUAGCCAAAUGAAACUCUUUACCGGCCCAUAUUGCCAGUCCCGUAUGUAUUCGAUUGAUGCAGAGUCCACUUCUAGAAGAAAAGGUCUUCACAAGUAGCCGUAUACUUGUCUCCCUAAGGAAAUCUAUAACCGUGUGAGAUUAAAAGCAGACACGUUGCAGAAUCACAGUUGCAGCGGAAAUGAACAUAAACAACUGGGUCAUGCAGCCGAUCUCCUGAAAUGAUUAAUAAUCUCCUCCUGCUGCCGCAUAAUUCCUUUUUGGAUACCUAGAGAAUCCAGAUCAGAAGGCUCAUGUCUUAUUAUAAGGCUUUAUGUACCAUGGAAUAAUAUAAUUCUUAAAACUCUCAGAAACCAAUCAAGGUUUUGUUUGGAGGCUAGCACUAAUUAUUCAUGUGGCGGGUUCCGGGCGGUGGAAAAGGGAGAGAGAGAGGAAAUAUGAUG